CCGGUUUGUUUGAUAAGAAACAAACUGAAGAACACAUAAAACACCGGUCCCGAGUCAUAACCACCCCCACUGACCUCUUUGAAUACUGCCCACUCUUCUUAUAUCUAUAGCAUCUCUCUUCGACAGUAAACAAAUCUUUCAUCUCUCUAUGUGUGUGUCUCUCUCUCUACUUACGGAAGCAUACUGAACACAAUCUUAGAAAGACUUUUCUGGGUUUUUUUUCCUAUCAGGUGGCGGGAAGCUUGAAUGUUGUAAGUAAGAAAUGGGUUUAAGCCGAACCCCAUGCAGCAUUCAGCUUUUCUUUUUAGUUGGCCUGUACAUUAUCUAUCAGUGUUCUGCCAUUGAAGUAGAUGCAAACCAAACAGCACUGUUGUUCGUCAAUGCUUCCGAGGCGUCAGCAAGGAAGAUACCUGAAACCCUGUUUGGUAUAUUUUUUGAGGAGAUCAACCAUGCAGGGUCUGGUGGGUUGUGGGCAGAGCUUGUAAGCAACAGAGGUUUUGAAGCUGGGGGCCAGAACACUCCAUCAAAUAUAGAUCCUUGGACUAUAAUUGGGGAUGAAUCAUUGCUAGUUGUAUCAACUGACCGUUCAUCAUGCUUUGAUCGCAAUAAAGUUGCACUUCGAAUGGAGGUGCUCUGCAACAGCACCGGCACCAAUAUCUGUCCACCUGGAGGAGUAGGAAUAUAUAAUCCUGGAUUCUGGGGCAUGAACAUUGAACAAGGGAACACUUAUAAAUUGGUUUUCUAUGUGCGAUCAUUAGAGUCAAUUAAUGUGUCUGUAUCGCUGACUGGCUCAAAGGGAUUACAAUCACUGGCUACUGCUAAUGUUAUAGCUGAUGAUGUUUCAUAUUGGACAAAGGUGGAACUUCUGUUGGAUGCAAAAGGAACUGAUCAUAGUUCAAGACUGCAACUAACAACCACUAGAAAAGGAACUAUAUGGUUUGAUCAAGUGUCAAUGAUGCCCUUGGAUACAUACAAUGGGCAUGGUUUUCGAAAUGGGCUUUUUAAAAUGCUUGCAGAUUUGAAACCUGCAUUUAUCAGAUUUCCAGGUGGCUGUUUUGUGGAAGGUGAAUGGUUAAGAAAUGCAUUUCGUUGGAAAGAAACUAUUGGACCGUGGGAACAGAGGCCUGGACAUUUUGGUGAUGUUUGGAUGUACUGGACUGAUGAUGGACUUGGCUAUUUUGAGUUUCUCCAGCUGGCAGAGGACUUGGGUGCAUUGCCAAUUUGGGUCUUCAACAAUGGAAUCAGCCAUACUGAUGAAGUCGAUACUUCCAGCAUUUUACCUUUUGUUCAAGAAGCCCUAGAUGGUAUUGAGUUUGCUAUAGGUGAUCCUGAUUCAACAUGGGGUUCAGUUCGAGCUGCAAUGGGACACCCAGAACCUUUUGACUUGAGAUAUGUCGCUAUUGGGAAUGAGGAUUGUGGAAAGAAAAAUUACCGUGGAAAUUACCUCAAGUUCUAUGACGCCAUAAAACGUGCCUAUCCGGAUAUGAAAGUGAUCUCAAACUGUGAUGGGUCUAAUCAUCAAUUGGAUCACCCAACUGAUUUAUAUGAUUAUCAUGUCUAUAAAGAAGCAAAUGCUGUGUUUUCUAUGGCUCACAAUUUCGAUCAUGUGUCACGUAAGGGUCCAAAGGCUUUUGUGAGUGAGUAUGCGGUGACUGGAAAAGAUGCUGGCGGAGGUAGUCUUUUGGCGGCUCUGGCUGAAGCUGGAUUCCUUAUUGGACUAGAAAGGAACAGUGAUGUUGUUAAAAUGGCAAGCUAUGCACCUCUAUUUGUGAAUGCAAAUGACAAGCGGUGGAACCCGGAUGCAAUUGUUUUCAACUCCUCGCAGCUGUAUGGAACUCCUAGUUACUGGAUGCAAUGCUUUUUCGUACAGUCAAAUGGUGCAACUCUUUUAAAUACUACACUUCAAGCCAACUCUUCGAGCUCACUUAUUGCUUCUGCUAUUACCUGGCAAAAUUCGGAGGAUGAGAAGAAUUACUUGAGAAUUAAGGUUGUGAACUUUGGGAGCAACACUGCGAACCUAAAGAUUUCUAUUGAUGGAUUGGAGCUGAACUCAAUACAAUCAUAUGGAUCAACAAAAACUGUACUCACAUCAAGCAAUGUGAUGGAUGAGAAUUCUUUCAAUGAGCCAAACAAGGUGGCGCCAUUUAAAAGUCUAUUGGAGGAUGCAGGCAAGGACAUGGAUGUCACACUUCUCGCGCAUUCUUUCACUUCGUUUGAUUUAUUAAGAGAAUCAAGCGUUCUCCAAAUUGCAGGAUCUGGUUCUGUCCGUAAAUCUCCAAUCUAAAAAUAUGUAUGAUCACUGGUUCACAGCAUUGUAAUAAUUACAGUACCCUAAGUUUUAUGUAAUCACUGGUUCACAGCAUGUUGAGUUGGCCAGUUUCAUCUCUGAACUCGUUAUUUGCACGCCAGACAAUGUAGAAGAAAAAGUAAAUUGUGCUCAAG